AUGAGUCCGAUCGCCAGACAAGACGUAGCUGAGGAGCAAACUCCCAUACCCGAAGUUCGCGAGGGGUUACAAAAAGCCACGGGCUCCAUUGCCGGGGACGGUACUGACGCUGGUGCCAUGAGCAAUCUUCACUCUACCGGAGCCACUGGCCAAGAGCAUGAUUUGGAAAAGAAGAAUGAGAUCAAAUCCGGAGACAAUUCCAGAGAAUCUUCUCCCCCUUCGUCUCGAUGUCCGAGCCAGCACGACAACGACGAGUACACUAUCGUGUCCUUCACCAGAGGGGAUCCGGAGAACCCGUAUAACUGGAGCAAUGGAAGGAAGACGUAUGUCUUGCUUACUUGUAUGGCGCUGGUCAUGAACAGCACAAUUGGUAGUGCCUUGCCAUCGGGGGCAUCCAAGGAAAUGAGCGAGUACUUUAAUAUCACAAAUCAGUCGUUGUUGGUGUUGCCGGUGUCGAUCUAUCUUAUUGGAUAUGUCCUGGGGCCGUUGGUCUUCGCUCCUAUGAGUGAGUCCUUUGGACGAAAAUGGAUCGUCGUGGCCACCUUCGUCGUCUUCACUGCCUUCCACUUAGGCUGCGCUUUGGCGCCGAGUUUCUCAGGCCUGAUCAUCAUGCGUCUCCUCACAGGCAUAGGAGCAUCAACACCAGUCUCCGUCAUCGGUGGCAUGUACGCCGACAUCUACAACACCCCAAAGGCUCGCGGACGAGCUAUGGUCGCUUUCAUGGCCGCUACGACUUGGGGACCUUUAGCUGGACCCAUCAUCAGUGGGUAUAUUGCCACCAUUUCAUGGCGAUGGUCGUACUGGGUCGCUCUCAUCAUCGCCGGCGUGACUUGGCCCUUCGUCAUUUUCAUGCCAGAGACCUACGGCCCGAUUUUACUGAAGCAAAGAGCACAGAAACUCCGCAAGAAAACAGGCAACGCCAACAUCGUCGCGCCCUGCGAACUUGAAAAGCAAACCUGGCAAGAAUUCACCACCGUCGUCCUGACGCGUCCCGUGCGAAUGUUCCUCUUCGAAUGGAUCAUCCUCUUCAGCUGUCUGUACCUCAGCGUCGCCUACGCAAUCUUCUACAUCUACUUCCAAGCAUACCCCAUCAUCUUCCAGGGAACUUACGGUUUCACUGCAGGCCAGGAAGGCCUGACGUUCAUCCCUAUUGGAGUGGGCGCCUUCCUAUCUGGGGGCAUUUACCUCUUUUGGGAACAUUAUCUCGACAAGGCGAGGAGCAAGUCUCCACCGCCGGCGUGGUCGCACAAGGAGGAGUAUGUUCGUCUGCCGGUUGCGUGUCUCGGUGCGCCUUUGUUUGCGAUCAGCCUCUUCUGGCUGGGAUGGACAGCGAGGCCGGGCAUUCACUGGAUCGUUCCAACGCUGUCAGCGCUACCUUUUGGCAUCGGGUUUCUACUUAUUUUCAUGGCCUUGAUCAACUACGUGGUAGACAGCUACGAAGUGUUCGCAGCGAGCGCCAUGGGAGCAGCAUCAUGUUCACGAAGCGUUUUCGGCGUCAUCAUCCCUUUCGCCGCCCGGCCCAUGUACGAACGACUUGGAAUUUCGUGGGCGUGUAGUCUGCUCGGGUUCGUCAGCAUAGCGAUGGGGAUUGUGCCUUUUGUGUUUAUUCGCUACGGCGACCGUAUCAGGGCGAAUAGCAAGUGGUGUCAGGAGUUGAAGCGACAGAAAGCGGAGGAUGAAGAGAAGCAGAGAAGGAUUGAAGAACGGCAGCAACAGCAACAGAAUGAUAAUUCACGGCAGCGGCAUUUGCAUUUGCAGGGAGAUCCUGAGAAGCAGGUUUGA